GGACGGUGAAUUUGCAGGAUGCGCUAGGACGGUGAAUUUUCCGCUUGCUGACUAGAGCACUGGUGCUCCUCUCAUCCCCACCCCGAUUCGGCGUCGCGCACGCCACGCCGGAUCUAUAGCCAGUAGCCAGUGCGAUGAUAACCCAUCACCCAUCCCUGCUCCGCCUCCGCGCACCCCUCCCCGCCGGCCUCCGCCACGGGACUUCACACGCCUUGCUUUUCACCGCGGCCGCCUACUCUCCUCCUCCGCCGCCCCUCCGCCUGCUACCUCUGCGCGUCGCCGCUGGAGGAGCCUCACCGGUAGGUCCUGAUGGAGGCAAUCGCGCGACGCCUCCCCCGCUCGGAGCCGCGGCGCUCGACUUCGCGCGGAGCAACUUCCUCCCGCUAGCUCUAAUUGGUGGGAUGACUUUGGGACUCCUGGAUCCAACUCUUGGUUGCCUUGCUCACAAAUAUUCCCUGUCAAAAUACAGCACUUUUGGGAUAUUCAUUAUAUCAGGGCUGACUCUGCGCACUAAGGAGCUUGGCGCAGCGUUACAAGCUUGGCCUGCUGGACUCUUUGGACUAGGCUCAAUUCUGUUGUUCACACCUUUUCUUGCACAAUUUCUUGUGCAAAUUCAGUUCUUCCCUCGUGAAUUUAUUACUGGGUUGGCUAUGUUUUGUUGCAUGCCAACAACAUUAUCAAGUGGAGUCACACUAACACAGCUUGCUGGCGGCAACUCCGCACUUGCUCUUGCAAUGACAGUCAUAUCCAAUCUACUGGGCAUUAUGUUUGUACCUUUGUCUCUUGCAAAGUACAUUGGCACUGGAGCUGGAGUGUCUUUGCCUACUAAGGAAUUAUUCAGAAGCCUGGUCAACACUCUUUUAAUCCCCCUUAUUUUAGGCAAGGUUGCCCGAGAAACCUCAAAAGGUAUUGCUGAAUUUGUUGAUGGAAAUCGCCAGGGCUUUUCAGUUUUAAGUGCUGUUCUUCUCAGCCUAGUCCCAUGGAUACAAGUAAGUAGAUCAAGAUCGCUGCUAUUGUCCGUUAAACCAAAAGCUUUCGCUGUUAUUGUGACUAUUGGAGUGCUUCUACAUCUUGCUCUGCUGGCAUUCAAUGCUACAACACUGCAGGUCUUGUCAUGUCUUAAACAGAAGGAAGAGUCAGUCUUUGCGAGAAAAGAGUAUGCACGAGCUGUCAUUUUGGUGGCCAGUCAGAAAACAUUGCCAGUGCUGGUUGCUGUGGUUGAGCAGCUUGGAGGUGCUCUUGGAGAGUCUGGACUUCUGGUCAUCCCAUGUGUUGCUGCGCACAUUAAUCAGAUCAUUAUCGAUUCUAUCCUAGUAAAUUGGUGGCGCAAAAGAGAUCAACGAUCUAGGGAGCCUUGGCGCAGUGGUAAAGCUGCUGCCUUGUGACCAUGAGGUCACGGGUUCAAGUCCUGGAAACAGCCUCUUGCAGAAAUGUAGGGAAAGGCUGCGUACAAUAGACCCAAAGUGGUCGGACCCUUCCCCAGACCCUGCGCAAGCGGGAGCUACAUGCACUGGGGCUGCCCUUUUAAAAGAGAUCAACGAUCUACUAAUGCAAAAUAGCUUCAGAAUUUGAAUCUGAUCUAAGUGCAAAGAUCUACCCGAGUGAGGCUUGACAAAUCCAUGGUGAAAUAGGUUAAUUGGACUCGGUAGAUCGCUUGGUGCAUGACAAGGUCAGGAUCCUUAUGAUCCUAGAACUAUUUAGUUCGAAGUCUCCAUCAAUGUGGAGUAGGAUAACGCCAACUAUCCGAACCAUGAACAUCGUCGAGCCCCUUAUGUUAGCAAUUUCUAAACUCAAAACUCUUACUUGGAUUUUUUUUCCUGCUA